AACGAAGAAUUCUCCGUCUCUUGUAGUUUCAUCGAACUUUUCGUUCUGAAACCAAACAGCGGAAAGGAAAAAUGUUCACUCUUUUCGAAAAUUAGUAUUAUUUUUUGCUCUUUUUGUUUUUGUUUCUUAGAUCUGUUGAAAAGAAAAUGGCAACAACGGCGUCGUAUUGGUGUUAUCGUUGCAGUCGUUUUGUCCGGAUUUUUAACCAAGAUCCGAUCACUUGCCCCGACUGCGACGGCGGAUUCAUCGAAGAAAUCGAUGACCAUCCUCACGCAGCGCGUGCACUCUACUCGGACUCCCGUCGCUUCGGCAGUAGCAGAUUGCCGGCAGCCGCGAUGUACACCAAUAACCAUACUCCCGGAGCCACUAUCUUCCGCCGUAGCCGUCGUAACGGCGGCGAUCGUUCUUCUUUCAAUCCUGUCAUCGUCCUACGUGGCGGAGCCGCCACAUCCUUCUCAGACUCCCCUUCAUACUCGGCCGCUGAAAAUUCAAACUUUGAACAGAGCGGUAGAGGGUUUGAGCUUUAUUACGACGACGGAGGCGGUUCGGGUCUUCGACCAUUACCCGCGAGUAUGUCGGAGUUCCUGUUAGGUUCGGGGUUUGACCGAUUAAUUGACCAAUUAUCACAAAUGGAAAUGCAAAACAUCGGGCGUUACGAGCAACCGCCGGCGUCGAAAGCGGCGGUGGAAGCAAUGCCAACGGUGGAAAUAAACGAAACCCAUAUUCACAACGAAUUAUACUGCGCGGUUUGCAAAGAGCAAUUCGAGUUGGGAACCAAAGUUCGAAACAUGCCUUGUAACCAUUUAUACCAUUCAAACUGUAUACUCCCAUGGCUUCAGUUACGAAACUCAUGCCCCGUUUGCCGCCAUGAGUUGCCGGCCGCAGCAGGCGAAGAAGGAACCGAAACUGGUGGUGGGUAUUCAAAUUCGGCCGCGGAGGAGGUUCCGGUGGGCUUGACUAUUUGGAGGUUACCAGGUGGAGGAUUCGCGGUGGGGAGGUUUUCAGGAGGAAGACGAGACAGCGGAGGAGGAGAAAAUAGGGAGUUUCCGGUUGUUUAUACGGAGAUGGAUGGUGGUUUUAGCGGCGGAGGGUUGCCGAGGAGGGUUUCAUGGGAAAAUAGAAAUAAUAGAGGAAGGGAAAGAGGAGGGCUUUUUGGAAGGGUAUUGAGUAAUUUGUUUAGGUGUUUUGGUGGUUCAAGUUCUUCAAGGUUAGAUUCAAGGAUAAGUAGAAGCAGUAGGCCUCUUUUGCUUUUUAGUGCUUCUUCAAGGAGAAGAAGAGGUUGGGCUGUUGAAGUUGAUAGUGGAAGAAGAAGAAGAUAAUAAUUAAUAAUUUUAAGACCCAAGAUUGUCAAAUCUCAAACUACUGUAAAUAUUGAAGGAAAAUCAAUGAGGAAAUUUGGGUUUUUUCUCAAUUCACAAUAUGUUUAUCAAGGAUUAAUGAUUUCGUGGAUUGAGAGCGUUCAGAUUCAGAUAAUAGAUGAAGGGGAAAAGCAAAGAAGGAGAUGGAAUCAUGAAACAGAAGAAGAAAAAUUGUAUCAGAUAAGAAGCUGUACUCGGUUUAAUGUUUAGUUUUGCUCUGUUUUUUUCGUAGUUUGCUGUCUUAGAUUCUUUUUGGCAAGAAAUCUAGCAUAAAUGUUUGUUUAUUUGGCAUAUGAAUGAAUAACUAUUUCUUACAUGUUUCGGUUCUUUUA